UCUCUUUCAAUUUCCUCUCUCGUUUCCCGAUCAUACCAACUCUAUCCUUACACGGAAUCUUUUUUCUUUUUUCUUGUAUUUCCUCAGGGAAAUUUUGCUUUUUUUUGUUAAAAUUUUCUUUCUGAUCUUUGAUUUUCGUUGUUUUAACGUUUCUUUUUGGUUUGCUCUUUGCCACGCGUCGACAACAAAUCGAAAAGCUUAAGAGAAUUUUCGUUAUUAUAUUGCUUCCUUGAUAAAAUUCUUUUUAAAAGAUUUAAAGAAUUAUUAUUUAUUUUUCCAUUUUUUUCUACGGCUGGUAAUUUCUAUUUCGUUAUCAAAUGAUUAUAUGUGUAUAUGUUAUGAUUACUAAUCCCAAGUAUUCUUCUUCCACAAAGCCAAUGAAGCCAGGAGUUUCUUCGUUGAAUCCCUAUGCAGCAUCAUACAUACCUCUCGCCAAAAGGGAGUCAAAUAAUGAUGUGAUUUCUAAAGAUAUUAAGCCUGGCGAUGAGACUGCUUGGUUUGAACCUUCCCUACACUUUGCACAUAACCCACAAUAUAGCAGUGCUUCACUUGACACUCUAACCCAUGGGACUGAAAAGCACCAGGUUGCUGAAGCUUCUGCGCUGAAAAGCCAUUCUGCUCAUGGUUCUUUGAUGCACAAUCCAAAUGAAAUGACUGACAAGCAUAUUAUGGAUGAAGAAUUUGACAUGGAUUUGGAGUUUCUUCGUAUGACAUUCCCCGGUUUAUCCAAUGAGUCUCUUCUGGAUGUCUACUUGGCAAAUAAUGGAGACUUGGAAACCAGUGUUGACAUGCUGAACCAACUUGAGAUGUACACUGUUGAGUCUUCUGAAACUCUUCCUGACACCUUGGAUAUUGGUGAUGUCUCUGAAUCUGGAUCUUUAGCAACCUGUGGUGCUCUUAAACUGAAGGUGGCAGAAGAAACCGGUGCUUCUUCAUCAGGCUCAGCAGAAUCAGCUGUCGCCUCCUGAUUGACUUUGUCAAAGGAUUUUAGUAGAUUUUUUUCUUGUACGUGUUUGUGGACAAGUAUACACAAGUAGGAAUCUUUCUUGAAGGCUGAGAAAUACUGUACUUGCUAUAUAACAUUUAAAGGGUUAAGGUUGUAUAGUUGUAUUCUGCUUGCUUCUUCUACUGAUAGCUGCUUUUGGAGCAUAUUGUUUGGUGAAAAGCUCCAUGUGCAGUUAACAUGCAAAUCAUAGUUUUCAUCAGAAAUGAAAAUGAUUCACCUUUGUUGAUGUUGUUGGUUUACAUUUGCUUGAGCAUAGCUCUAUCUUUGCUGUGCAGUUUCCGGAGGUACGAGCCACGUCACAAUAUUGUCAUAUCAGACCAUACGUACAUUUGGUUCUAAGAAUCCAUGACCGUGUAAUGUAGGUGUAUUCUUCUUUUUUGUGGAGAAGCUCCGGUGAAUGGAUGGAGAAGAAA